AUGUCCAGGCUCAGCGUCACGAGCGGCGCGAGCACCUUGGCGAUGUUGUCGCCCAGGCGCACCAGUAUCAGAAGCACCUGCACGAGCACCAACGCCAGCAGGCGCUUGCUGUCGAGGCUUCUUAUAGGCAGGCUCCUUCAGGCCAGCAGCAGCCGCAGCCCAGGGGUCAGCCCCUCCAGGGCCAUGCCAAGGAUCAGGACGAUCGCCAGAGCGAGGGCAGCGGCCACCACCUCCGCCAUCGGGCGCAUCACCACUACCGCCACCGACAUCGUCAUCGUCGUCGUCACGGUGGGGACGCGGGCGAACACCAUCCGAAAUCCAGAACGACCCCUCGACCGCGCCACUCGAGUACUCAUGCCCACGAUCAACGACAACUCUAUCCGCGAUCAGACCCUCCAUGGUGUCCAAAGUGCCGAGAAGGAGCGCUUGGGCAACCGGGGUCAGGGCCGCACCAUGGGGGUUGAUAAGCACCUUUACCUUGCACUUCGCGGGGUCUAG